UCGAGCGGGAGCGCGCACUCGGCGACAAGGUGGUUCGCAGAGCGAAUCGUGCAGGGAAGAGAGCCGCUGGAAGGGUGUGAUAUGAUAUGAUAUGAUAUGAUAUGCAUGGAGUUAUGGUAACAGCACCUCAAUGUGGUUUUCAAGAUCAUCCUUCCACUAGAUACCACACAAGAUCUGUCUAAGGCUGUGUAGAACAUUCCAGCAAAUAUUAUCUUAAAAACUGCUGGGUCUUUUUUUAAUCCUCAACUUUUUUAUUAUCCGGUUCUAUCCUCAGCCUGUUUGCACGAUUCAGUUCCCAUUUAGAAGAUGAUCAAAAGUGAAGCCAAAAGUGACCGAGUGCUGAGGAGUGCCUCGCCUCAUAGAAAUGCAUACAAAUCAGACUUCCACUCCAUCAAAUGCUCCUUCGAGGGCCCGUCUCUCUUUUACUCCUAUGGAGGGAGCGAGGCACGAGGCAGACCAUCAGGGAGCCGAGUGAACGAAAUCAAAAGCAUUUUUCUUCAAAUGGAUACCCAACAGCCACAGGACCAAAUCAAACCGGGAAUGGCUAAAUUGCAGCGGAGUUCCUCCUCAUAUAGAUCGAGCAUGGGAAGCACCUCCAGCGUGGAAUCGGGCACCUCAGAAGUGGUACGGAAAUCAGAGGGCAUCUCGUUUGACAAAGUGGCACUGGCAGAAAAGUUCUCGGAGACCAGAAAGCUUUUUGAGAGUGGGCUGCCGAAAGACAGAAAUGCAUCUGUCAGCCGAUCCUCUCUGCGUAGUGCUUCAGAGGAUGGCAGGGAUGUGAAGAAGCUGACAGAAAAGAGUGAACAAAUUCAAGCCAAAGGAGGACAACCAAAUGAAGACAAGGACAGAGGAAGGGCUGAGCGUGAGACGCCGCCACAUAAGUCUGCACUAAUGAUGAACAAUGCAGGACCGAUAUCCAGGAGACUGGAGAGCUUCAUGUUAGACAGUGACAGUGAGUCCUUGUCUGGCCCAUCUGUCUCAACUCGUUCACAAAGUCCAAGUAGUCAUUCCCAACCACCAUCGUCCCCAAACAGCGAGCAUUCAGAUCCACCUUUGUCACCUGUUAGUAAUGGUUCUCCCACAUCAUACACUCUGUGGCCUGAAAGCCCUUCAGGCCCGGCAGAUGGAACUUCAAAAAGUGAGUCUCCGUAUUCACCAACACCACUGAAUGAAGUCUUCAUGGAAGAAAGUCCUCAGUGGAGCAGCCAUAGCACAAACACCACCAUGGACAAUGCUAAUGAAACUCUGGUUUCUGUUGUGUCAACAGAACAAACUGUACUUUUUAAAAGUGAGAAGCGUCAUCGUUUGUCUCUGAGCAGUGGUUCUGUCAGUCCUUCAGGAGAUGUGAAUGAAAAUUUGGAGCUAAAUGUCAAAGAAAAGCAACACAAAGUGGAGUUUGGUAGCCCGGCUCUGUCUACGGUUCGAGCUGAAAUGGUGGUGGUCCAUAAUGAAUCAUCAGAAGGUGAGAGCAACGAGGAAGAACGAGUUAUGGAUGAUGUUUUUAAAGAAGUCAAGAAGGACCAACCUCCCACAAAUCUUCCCACAGAGCUCACUGACAGAAAGGAGGUCCAAAUCCUAUAUCAUGAAGAUAAAUCAGGGAGGGACUUUAUGAUAGGGGAGGAGAAAAAGAUGGAAAGGGUCGAUAGAACAAUGGUUGUGGAAGACAAGGAUCAGGAAAAAUUGGCUAAGGAUAAAAAUGUGCACAAAGGUGAGACUGAGCAAGUGGAGGAUGAGAAGGUGAAAGUGGUACAAGAGAACGUAGAGCAAGUGCAAGAGGACCAUCCAUGCAAUGAGAUGAAGCCUGAACAGAAAGUGAUGAAAGAGGAGGAAGGUACCAGUCAGAACGAGCAGAGGAAAAUCGAGGAGCAUGUGGAAGAAUAUCAUGAUGUGGCGCAAGAGGAAGAGGAACAUGAUGUUGAAGAAGUGACUGUGAAAGAGAAGCAACAGCAAAUAAAUGAGGACUCUGCUGGCAAGAGACCUUUGAUAUGUGGAAUUGAGAAUGCUGCUUUUGUGGACGACCGGGAAAGUAAGUCAGACUAUCAACAAAAGGAACAAGACACAGAACCAGACUUUGAUCAUUUGCAGGAAUAUGAGGAGUUUCCAGGCCUCUCUGAUGAAGAAGAUAUCACCCCAAGGAGGAAGAUCAGGUUCUCCACUGCUCCUAUCAAGGUCUUCAGUACAUAUUCUAACGAUGACUACGAUCGAAGGAACGAAGAGGUUGACCCUGUAUCGGCAUCAGCCGAGUACGAGCUAGAGAAGAGGGUGGAGAAAAUGGAUGUCUUCCCGGUGGAAAUUCAGAAAGGUGAUGAAGGUCUGGGGAUCAGUAUAAUAGGAAUGGGUGUAGGAGCUGAUCAAGGUCUGGAGAAACUUGGUAUCUUCGUCAAAACCAUAACUGAGGAAGGAGCGGCUCAGCGCGAUGGCCGUGUUCAAGUCAACGAUCAGAUCGUGGAGGUGGAUGGGAUCAGCCUCGUAGGAGUCACCCAGCUUUUCGCUGCCACUGUACUUAAGAGCACUAGAGGACUAGUGAAGUUUCUGAUUGGCCGAGAAAAGCCAGGGGUUGAAAGCGAGGUGGCUCGAUUAAUAAGUGAAACUCUGGAGCAAGAAAAGAACCCACUUAAACAGUUACAGCAAGAUGAUGACUUUAUUGACCUGGAAGCAGAGAAUGAAGAAAAGGAUCCCCACCCUCAAGAAGCUCAACUUGAAAAGCAAACGGCUCAAAUCUUACAGGAACACAUCAAGCAAGAAGCCCAGCUACUAGACGAAGAAAAGAACACAAUAGAUAUGGAGAAGGAUGGAGAAGCUCUGGUGGAGGAGAAGAAGGAGGAGAAAGAUGAUGACACAAGCUUUGAUUUGACUCAGGAAGUGUUUGCACACUUGAAGAAUCAAGGCAUUGUUAUUCCUGAGGACACAAAUCACACUGAGCUGGACCAAACAUUUAAAGAGCUCCAAAUGAAGCACAACACAACACUAACGGAGCUGAAGCAGAUGAAGGAAAAGCUGCGAGUGUGUGAAGCUGACCGCUUAGCCUGGGAGGCUCGAGGUGUGUCUCUGGAGAAGAGCGUAAAUGAGAGCAGAGAGAGAAUAGAGAAGUUGGAGAAACACUGGCUCGAAGCUCAGGCUCUCUGCAAGACCAUCAACGAGAGACUCAGCGAGGCCCAAAGUCAGCACGAGUCACUACAGAUCAAAUAUGACCAAACCAACAAGCAACUACAAGAUUACAAAGACCGGGAGGCUGAGUUUAUGAAGAGAGAGAAGGAUUUGAAGAGACGUAUAGAGGACAGAGAAAGGGAUUAUAAGAGGACCCUGAGAAAGCUUCAUGAACAGAUUGCCAUUCUGGAAGGUCGAGUGAGUUUGGAUCAGCCCGAGGAUUCAUGCAGUCCUGCAGUAGAGAGCCAGCAGAGCAGCCCUACCUCAGGAUCCUCAGAUAGGAACGAGCGUGCUUUAGACUUCCUCGUUCAUGAUGCCGACUUGGGGGAGGCCAUACCCCGGACAGAUUGUCUAGACUGCAGCGCUUACAGAGCCAAAGCCAGGCUCACCCAAGGAGUCCAGCGCAAAAGACCGUCUCGAAGCAAACUCAGAGAGUCGGCUAGGAGCACACAGUCAUCUGUUCAACCCCAGCAAGGAGAGAGUAUAAGCGAUAACAAUGUGGAAAUGAACCAGAGACGAUCUUAUUUGGAGAGCCUUUCCAUACCUGUACCCAUUGCACUACCAGGCGGCGAGCAGAGGAGUGAGUCUCAAGGCAUGAUGAGGCCUGGUGGAGAAAAAGGAGGUGAUCUGUCAAGCUCUCCCUCACUUCAGGGUCUUAUGCAACAUAGAGAAGGCAGCACAAGGUCUAGCCUGUCUCCUCCUAAAGACUCGUCUACACCUCACUCUCCCACGUCCAGCCAGUCAUCCACCGGCCUGCUCCACAGCCUUCGUAACAGGAGGUACAAGAAGAAGGAGAGCAGCCAAAGCAGGAAGAGCAAAGAUGAAGAAAGUGAUAGCUCAACAACAAGAACAUCCAAAAGAAGAUUUCCAGAUUUUGGAGGUCUGCGCAAAUCGGGUGGGAAAGGCCGCAAGCAGGAAAAGGAAGCACAGCGGGGUUCUGUCGGGAGCAGGAGCUCCAGAGAGCUUGUGGAUGAAUCAAGUGGAAAUGCCUCUCCCUCUGACUCCGUAUCCUCCAUCCCAUCCUGCAUGCCUUUCUCCUGGUUCGGAGACAGGGAGCGGUCUCGAGACAGGGAGAGAGAAAAAGAGCAGUCGCUGUCCAGCUACAGUCUCCCCCACAGUCCUACAGAGGGACACACAGAAGAUGGAACAGAACAAAAGAAUAAGAGCAACUUGUCCUGGCACUCUCGCCUCUCGUACUCCUUAGAUUUGAGCUUUGAUUUGAACACCAGCAGUCCUCGCUCUGCCCUGGCCUCUUUAUUGAGUGAACCUUGUACUCGAGGACACUCCCAGAAGCUCGUCUUCUCCUCCUGCGAGACCCUUAAUGAUGAGCCUGCUGCUGUCACAAGGCAACACUUGUGGCAGAACCGCCCUCUUUUUGAAUGGACCAAUCAGCAGGUGUGUCACUGGUUGAUGGGCAUGAACAUGGACCAGUAUAUAGCAGAGUUCACUGCGAAAGGCAUUGAUGGCAAACGUCUGGCGAAUUUGGACAGCAGUAAAUUAAAGGAGCUGGGGGUGUCGAGUCAGAGAGAUCGUGCCACCAUUAAGAGGAAGCUGAGGGACAUGAAGAAGGCACAGGAAAAGUUUGAGAAGCAGCGGGCGAAGAAGCAGAAGGAGGUUCGACUGAGUACUGGUGGUAAACCUGCAAAUCUUGAAUCUGCUUGCUGAAUCUGAAUCGGCAGUCAUUUUUACACUUCAGGGAAAAGCCCCCCAGUGUGGGAAAACACGAACAUUCCCAACAGGAUGUCAUCUAUGUCGUGUACGUGUGUGUGCAGCUACUGCGAACCAUGGAUGUUAUGGAAGUAGAGACACAUUCAAUUGGAAGUUACUUAGAUUCUUCUAGCACAUUCUCUCAGUUCCAGUGCUUAAGUAAAAAAAAUAUUUUUCACAAACUUUAAUCAUAGGUUUAUCUUAGGAUCUUGAUAUGUCACCUCAGAGCAUAUGACCCAAAGUGUCUUAAUUACACUGCUGCUGUUUUCAAUUGAUUCUUGUCUUCCACCUAAAUGAACUUAUUUUAAAAUUUUACUUUCUGAACUUGAAUAUGAACAUGAGAAUAAUGUCCUGAUUUGGACAUGUGGCAGGUGUCAUUGAAGGUAGGACGCAAUUUUAGCAAAUCACAAACCAGGGAAUAUGAAUUUUACCAUUACCCCCUUUAGCGCAUUUUAUUGAUUAGCUUAAUGCAAUGCUUAGCAUAAAAUAUUACAUAUAAAAUAUUACACAUCUUAAUUUCAUGCAAACAAAAACAAAGCUCUAUGCAUAUGAUAGCUAAAAGAAGUACUUAGCUAACUAAUCUUAAAAAAAGCGCUCUAUAUAAAAUAUUUGAACAUAUAAGUGGCCCAAAACUGGGCCCUGGGGUACCCCCUAUCCAUAUCAUACGCAAAACUCUUGUGGUGAUGUCAUAUCAUUGAAUCUGUGUUUUGAUGAUGAACUGUAGCCUAAACUCCAGCCUUGUUGAGCCACUGAGGCUGGGACAUGCAUAUAAUCUAAAGUAGCAGUUCUUAUUUAUUCACACUGGAGGGCAGCAGUGUAAUUGAAAUGACCCAUAGAGCACUUCUCAUUAGGGUCGGCAUUCACAAAGCUUCAACCUGCUGAUACUGGGUCUGUCUUAUCUGGCAUAAACAGGGAAUUAUUUUUUGUAGCAAAUCCCAUUUACUUUUCUCUGGACUGCUUUGUGAAUUCUAGAUUACACUCAGCACUUUAGCAUGAUCGCGUACUUGAGCAAGCGGAUGUCUACAUUACAAGGCACACACACAUGCUUUGCCAAGUAAACCUACUGAAUGGAAAUUGAGUGUACACUUUUAUGUGUGCACAUCACCUUCCCUACUGUACACUUUGACUUUUUAAAUAAUUUUUCUUUUUUUUUUUUUUUUUUUUUUUUACAAAAUAUCUGCUUAUUUUUAUUGUCAGCUGUACAUAAUGAGGCAAUGCUGUCAGUGGAAAUGUGUCAGGAAGAGAAGACGUCUUCACUGUCUUUUAUGCCACAGAUGGUUUUACAUGUGUAAUGAUAAAUAAAACGUAUUUUACAUGAA